AUGGCUAUUGAAAGCCAUUUAGAAAAAUAUCCAGAUGUCCAAGUGGAUAAAAACAAAUACAAGGUGGUUGUUAAAAACAACCAUCACGACAAUAUCGGUAUUUACCGUUUUCUCCACCCAGCUGAGGAGUGGAAAGUUGAAACAUUGAUACAUGCCUUUUUUGAUAACAAGAGCGACGAAUGGAUGCCAGCACUCAAGCAGGCAGCAAAUAUCACCACUACAGAAGAGAAUAUCGAAUUUAGCAUUUUGAAAAGUGAAGUGAACAAUGCAGAUGAAUUUACAAAACAACCUCUUAAGGCUGGCAAGUAUGCUACGUCUUAUUUUAUGAUUGGAUGGUCCGGAAACAAUGUUCCCAAAAAGAGCAGAUACUUUUGGAAACAUCACAAAUUAGAUUUGGUAUCCAUUGCCAAAUAUUGCACCACUUCCCCUACUUUAUUCCAUACAAGAUGGUCUUGUAAACACGGCAACCAUUGCUUCCGUUGCAAUCAAAACGGACAUGCUACAGGGAAUCAUUUCAACAAUUUAGCAAAGCAAGAUUUUGAAAUCCAUAAAAGGUGGGAAUUCGUUUGUAGGUUGAUUCCAAUCGUUGUUGGUUAA